UAGUGGUGUCUUCUGCCAGACUAGCGGGAGCAGUGUGUAGGGGGUGAGAUAGUAGUGUCUUCUGCCAGACUAGCUGGAGCAGUGUGUAGGGGGUGAGAUAGUAGUGUCCUCUAGUGUGUGUGCUUACCACAGUGUGAUGUGGAAGUGAUGUUAUUCAUUUGUUCCCUUCUAACUCAUACCUCUAUAUUCCAAGGUCAGGAUGACGUCAUGAUCGCCCACAGCAGUUGUCCAGAGUGUUUCUCUAUUAAUCCUUUUAUUCAAUAUCACGGUUAUAAACCCACCGCUGGCUCUGGAACUAGACUGUCUGAGAGACGGGUGUGUGUGUGUGAGAGUUGUCAUAGUUCAUCUGGAUCAUUCCAUUAAUGAUCCCAGAACUGGAGUCCCACAGAAAAAGAGAAAGAGAAAGAGAGGGGUGUGAUAUUUGGUGAAAAAUAUAGUACAGGGAAUGAGUUGAAUUGGGAUAUGUCAUUGGUAUUGAUGAUAGGGAACCCCUCUCUCUCCCCCUCUCCCCUCCCCUCUCUCCUCUCCCAGGUUCUACUGGGAACUGAUCAUGUUGUGUUUGAUGAUGGGGAACCGCCCUCUCUCCCCUUCUCCCCUCCUCUCCUCUCCCAGGUUCUACUGGGAUCUGAUCAUGUUGUGUUUGAUGAUGGGGAACCGCCCUCUCUCCCCCUCUCCCCUCCUCUCCUCUCCCAGGUUCUACUGGGAUCUGAUCAUGUUGUGUUUGAUGAUAGGAAACCUCUCUCUCUCCCCCUCUCCCCUCCUCUCCUCUCCCAGGUUCUACUGGGAUCUGAUCAUGUUGUGUUUGAUGAUGGGGAACCGCCCUCUCUCCCCCUCUCCUCUCCCCUCCCCUCCCCUCCUCUCCCAGGUUCUACUGGGAUCUGAUCAUGUUGUGUUUGAUGAUGGGGAACCGCCCUCUCUCCACCUCUCCCCUCCCCUCCUCUCCCAGGUUCUACUGGGAUCUGAUCAUGUUGUGUCUGAUGAUGGGGAACCUGAUCAUCCUGCCAGUAGGAAUCACCUUCUUUAAGGAUGAGAACACUCCUCCCUGGAUCAUCUUCAACGUGGUCUCUGAUACUCUCUUCCUGGUUGACCUGGUCCUCAACUUCAGGACCGGUAUCGUCAAGGAGGACAGCACCGAGAUACUGCUAGACCCCAAGGCUAUCCGUCAGCGCUACCUAAAGAGCUGGUUUGCGGUGGACUUUGUGUCGUCCAUCCCUGUGGACUACAUCUUCCUGAUGGUGGACUUGGAGGCCCGGCUGGACUCAGAGGUUUACAGGACGGCCAGGGCCCUCCGCAUCGUACGCUUCACCAAGAUCCUCAGCCUGCUACGCCUGCUGCGCCUGUCACGACUCAUACGCUACAUCCACCAGUGGGAGGAGAUCUUCCAUAUGACCUAUGACCUGGCCAGUGCCAUGGUGAGGAUAGUCAACCUGAUAGGCAUGAUGCUGCUGCUGUGCCACUGGGACGGAUGUCUACAGUUCCUGGUUCCCAUGCUGCAGGACUUCCCCCUGGACUGCUGGGUCUCCAAGAAUAACAUGGUGAAUGACACGUGGGGGAUCCAGUACUCCUAUGCCCUGUUCAAGGCGAUGAGCCACAUGUUGUGUAUUGGCUACGGUGCCCAGGCUCCAGAGGGCAUGACAGACGUGUGGCUCACCAUGCUCAGUAUGAUCAUUGGUGCCACCUGCUAUGCCAUGUUCAUCGGCCAUGCUACCGCUCUCAUACAGUCCCUGGACUCCUCACGACGACAGUACCAGGAGAAAUAUAAGCAGGUGGAGCAGUACAUGUCGUUCCAUAAGCUCCCUGCAGAUGUCCGUCAGAGGAUUCAUGAGUACUACGAGCAUCGCUUCCAGGGCAAGAUGUUUGACGAGGAGAACAUACUGGGUGAACUCAGCGAACCACUAAAGGAGGCGAUAGUUAGCUUUAACUGCCGUAGCCUAGUGGCUCACAUGCCGCUGUUUGCUAACGCGGACCCUAACUUUGUGACGGCAGUGCUGACCAAGCUUCGCUUCGAGGUGUUCCAGCCCAAUGACUUCAUCAUCCGUGAGGGCACAGUGGGACGCAAGAUGUACUUCAUUCAACACGGACGAGUCGGCAUACUCACCCGCGGAAACAGGGAGACCAAACUCAGUGACGGGUCCUACUUUGGGGAGAUCUGUCUGUUGACUCGGGGCCGGAGGACGGCGAGCGUCAGAGCGGAUACGUACUGUCGUCUCUACUCCCUCAGUGUGGACAGCUUCAACGAGGUCCUGGAGGAACACCCCAUGAUGAGGCGGGCCUUCGAGACGGUGGCCGUCGACCGGUUGGACCGCAUCGGUAGGAAGAACUCUAUCCUGAUGAGAAAGCCGUCCCAGGGGGGUUCCAUGGCGGGGGGCAGCGGUUUGGGGCGUGGGGGUCAAGGAGGAGGGGGGGCGGGGCUAGCCAUGGGGGGGCUGGGCUCCUGUGACAGCAUGCUGGUUCAGCAGACCGUUAAACAUGACAGCAUGCCAGCCAUGCAGGAGGCCAUCGCCGCUGCAGGAAGGGGAGGGGCCACUGGAGGAAGUGGUACGGUCUCUCCUAGGCCCCACCCACUGAUCUGGGCUCCACUGAUCCACGCUCCGCUCCAGACGGAGGCCGCUACGACUAACGUGGCCAUCGCCCUCAUGCACCAGCAGCAGCAGCAACAGCAGCUUCAACAUCAGCUACAGCAGCAACAUGCGCUAGGGGGCGCUAUAUUCCUCCCCUCCAUCUCUCCAUCGCCCUCCGUCUCCUUCCCCCUCUCCCCCCCGCGGCCCCCUGUCCUGCAGCCCCUGCGCCCCUCUGUGAGUUCCCUCAUUGGGAUGAUGGGGGUAGGAGGGAUGGGGGGCCUGUCCCCUAGAGUGGGGUUUCCUGCCUUCCCCUCCACCUCGCCCUUCCCCAUGGCCCCCCCGGGAGGUGUGAUAUCACCCCCUGUUGCUCAAACCCCACCCACACCGGCCUCCUCUGUCUCCACGUCGGUCCAAUUAGGAAAGACCCUGCACUACAGUCUCCGCCUCCACCCGGAACACUCUUCAGUGAUGGGUGGAACCCCAGGAAUCCCCAAGGUAGGAGGGGCCACCACACCCCAUCUGUUCUACCACGUGAAUCCAACUGCAGCCACCAGUGUCAUGUCAGACACUUGCAGUUCCAUGGCUGGCCAGCAUGCGGCCAAGGAGGCGCUAUUGCGUCACGGAGGCAGCAGCAACCAGGGCCUGCCUGCACUCGGGAGGCUCACCCAGGAGGCCAGGCUCCUCUCCGCCUCGCAGCCCACCCUGCCUCAUCGAUCCUGGGCAAGCAUGCAGCCUCACCCCCCUCUCCAGCGGAAGACCUCUGGAGGUAACCUGCUGCCAGCCUCGUUCCUGGCUGGGACGCAGCUAGCCAGGGGUGGCAGUGUGGGGGUGUUGACUACUCCCCUACCAGUACAAGUCCCAGCACAACGGUUACAGAUGCCCCCCUUCAAUGCACAGAUACAAGCACAGAACCUGGGCUCUAUACAGCCCCUCCCUGAUCCUGCCUCUACACACUGCCCUGCACACACACACACAGCCACACACACACAUCCCGUCGCUGUACCUGCAGCCACACCCACAUCAGCUUCUCCCCUGGCCUCCUACACUUCCUCCCGCAAACAAACCCCUCUCUCCUCUGCCACCCCCUCCCCUGCUCCCACUCCUUUCUCCCUCAUCCCAGCCCUGCCACUGACCCCUCGCCCCAAACCCACCCCUACACCCCCAUCUCGCUCCUCCUCUCCUCCCCCCUGCUCCAUCCCUCCCUCUUUCGGAACUACUCCACUCUCCUUAACUUCUCGCUCCAAACCCAUCCCUACACCUCCCCCGUGCUCUUCUUCCCCCUCUCCCUCCUCCACUCCCCCUCCCUCCUCUGUAACCACCUCUUUCCCCCUCACCUCAACCCCUCGGUCCAAACCCAUCCCUACACCUCCCCCGUGCUCUUCUUCCCCCUCUCCUUCCUCCACUCUCCCUCCCUCCUCUGUCAGUGCCCCUCUCUCACUUCCACAAACCCAUGGGCGCAAGUCCUCUCUCGCAUCCCCCUCUCCCCCCUCCUCUUCCCCACCUUCCUCUCCCACUCUUCUUCAGAGCCCCCUAAUAAAGCCCUCCCCUACACCCCCCUCCCCUUACCCUCUAUCUGGGCUCACCCCUAACCCCUCUAAAGCAUUUUCCCCUAUCCAGACUCGUACCCCUACCCCUACCCUCUCUCAACUCUCCAAUCGUCCCUCUACUCCUAUUUCUACUCCUGUUCCCACUCAGAGCCAAACCCUGACUGCAACCCCCACCCCAGCCUCCACCCCCACCCCAGCCUCCACUCCCACCCCAGCCUCCACUCCCACCCCAGCCUCCAUCCCCACCCCAGCCUCCACUCCCACCCCAGCCUCCACUCCCACCCCAGCCUCCACCCCCACCCCAGCCUCCACUCCCACCCCAGCCUCCACCCCCACCCCAGCCUCCACUCCCACCCCAGCCUCCACUCCCACCCUAGCUCCAACCUCAACCUUGAUUCCCACCCCUUCUUCCAACCUUCGACCUGCCCCGCGAGUCUCUAUAACAACAUGCCCACCUCGGCCCUCCUUCCCUCCCACCUCGCUACGACAGACACUGCCGCUGGCCUAUCGCACAGUGGCCGACCCCCUGUGCCCUGCCCACCCCAGCGGUCCCUCUCCAGCCCCGCCAGAGCCAAUCCGCGGCGGGGUGUAA